GAGGCCCGAGUCGUGUAGCUUGACCUGCCAGGAGGAAGGAUCCCGCACACGAUCUGGGGACUUUCGUUCCUGCUCUAAGUUGAAGGAUGACGCGGUGGUCGGCGUACUUGCACCCUGCAGUGAUGCUACUGGUGCUAACACUAAUGCUUUCUACAACAUGUGAUGCUGAAUGGAGAUCUUGUGGUCAUCUCAAGACAGACUAUACGUUUGACGACCAUCGUAGAAACUUUGCGGAAGCUGCGAACUAUUGCAAGAGCCUUGGGAAGGGCAGCAAUUUAGCAAUUCCACGUAGCGACGCUGAGCUUCAGUGUAUCUUCAAUACUAAACCCGCCCGAACUACAAACUGGAUUGGCUUUCGAUCAUAUUUGGUUCACCCACCAUUGAAGUUUGUAUCAAUUGAUGAUAACCAAACGAUUACGUACUCGAAAUGGGCCAAGAAUCAGCCAAGUCCACCUGACCAUGUCACACAACUGUGUGUAUCAAUGUGGUAUGCACCUUCACACAAUACCAACGGUGAAUUCUGGGAUAAUGCCGAAUGCGAGGCCAAACUCCCGAGUGUGUGUCAACAACCAAGUAGUUGGUUAGCUUCCAAGGAACAACAAGGAAUGGAAUAUUGGCUCUAUACUGAUUUUCGUCGUACUCAGCAAGGAGCUAAUGAGUACUGUUCAACUUUAUCCCAAACUGGUAAACUUGCACGUCCACCAAGUACUGAUGACUACAAUGCAAUAACUAAACGCUUUCCCAUAGAGCAGACUUCACUAUUUUGGGUUACUGGUCUGGAUGGCAACUGUGUAGCAAUCCGCACUGGUGAAGCUCCGUCUGAUCAGCACAACCGAAAUUGCUCAACUGUCCUCCCAUUCCUUUGCGAACGUUGGGAAAGAGCAGAAUGCAGUGGUUUUCUACUGAGCGUUUACGAUGCUCUGCCGAACUUCGCAGCUGCCAAAGAACAGUGCGGCUCUGGAUCAUUAUUCAAUCCUGAGAAUAGGUUCCACUCAUCUUCAUGUGCUUAUAAGUACCUGGCAUACAACACGAUGAAGAACAACAAACAUUACCAGUACUGGACUGCUGAUCCCAGCAAGGUUUUGCACUAUGGACAAAACUCAAGUUGGUACGAUGCCGUUUUGGUUGACGGUGAUGCCACUCAUCUCUAUCUGACAGCAUGUUUUGAUGAGUAUGAUGAAUGCGAGCAUGGUUUUCACGACUGUGGAAAAAACCCUUGCAUCAAUACCGAGGGAUCUUACCGCUGUAACUGUACUGAUAACACAAACAACGAAUCAUACCAUGGUGCUCGCUGUGAUGGAUGGAAGACGAUAGGUGACUUUGGCAUUGCUGUGAAGGUUUUUCCAGUUGAUCUCGUUGUCCCAGUUGGGCCGUAUGCUUACUCUGGUGCUAUUUGGCGCUGCGAUACUCUUUCUGGUGGUUCAGGCAUAUAUUUCUACAAUGCUAUAGGGAAUUCGGUGUCAGCUCUACACGAAACUAUUGAUCUUGCUAAUGACCCCAGUUCUUACUGGGUUAGGUACAAUGGUCAAGAAAGUCAAGAAUGCUUCUCUAUUCAUGGUACAGAUGCACCUCAAGAAUAUAGUUGUAAAUCAAAAAGACAGGCAAUGUGCAGCCGGCCUGCUAUGUGGUACCGGAAUGAGGACACCACCCAGUCAGGUGUGGACAGCUACAGCCUCAAGUGUAUGCCAAAUACAUAUUUUAUAGAGUCAAUCUGGCGGCAAAAUAACACACUCAAUGCAUACAAUGACGCUGCUCGUCAAUGCAAACAACACCUUGGACACACAUUGCCAAGUGCAGGAAGUGUUCCUUGUCUGGUGGAUUUCAUGGAAUUACGAAAUAGAACCAGCGUCUGGACAGAAGGUGAAAGAGCUGUGCAAGCUAAUGGAGAGUAUCAUACGACAACAACUGCUUCCAUUGUUUGUGAGGCGGAGCACCAUGUUUGUCAAUUGCGCCUGUUUGAAGUUGCCAGGCCAAUCCUGUGA